UAAAAGAACCAGCUGUAUCACUUCGUGAUGAGUCGCGAUAGAAACAGUGAAACAGUUUAAAGUUGUUGUAAUGAUCAUUGGCGCAGUGCUACUAUCAAUUCUCGCUCACCUCAUUGUGCAAGCAUCACAACCAUGGAAAGCAUUAGAUCCAGAACAAACCCUGUACGUGUACAAGCGCUGUUAUGAAGAUCAUCUUCCAACAGGAUCGAACAGAAAGACUUACCUGGCAUCUUGGAAUGAUUGGAAGUUGGAACCCAAUGAUGCUAUUACCCAAUGUUACGCAAAAUGUGUUAUGGUUGGACUGCAACUCUACGAUGAGAAGGAAAAUGCGUUUAAGUCCGAGAGGAUUCCUGUUCAACAUGAAGCGUACAAAUCGCUAAACCAGGCCGAUUCCAGGGAAGUCUCCGAGUAUCAGAAAUCCCUGGCCGCUAGCAAUCCAGGAACAGGGAGCUGUAUCGAGCUGUACAACGCAUAUUUACCAGUACAUAAUCGAUUCGUGGAUUUGUCCCGUAAACUAUAUCACGGUACGGUGGAAGGUGCUGCUAGAAUUUAUGCCGCAAUGCCCCAAAUCAAGCAGAAAGGUGAAUCGUACCAUGCAUACUGUGAAAAGCGUGCUUGGAAUGGGAAGAAAAAGUUUGAUAUGCAGAAAGCCCGCAAUUACAUACUUACUGGCAGUCCGGAAAUAAAGAAGGCGAUCGAUUGUAUCUUCCGUGGAUUGCGAUAUAUGGAUGAUACUGGUUUGAAGGUUGAUGAGAUCGUACGAGAUUUUAAUCUGAUCAACAAGAGUGAACUGGAACCCGAGGUUCGAUCAGUGUUGGCAGCCUGUCCUGCAAUAAGGGCGUACGAAUUUUAUGCCUGUUUGCUUACCAGCCGCUUAAGGGAAGACUUCAAGAAGGCGUUCGAUUUCCAUGAACUUCGUUCUGCGGACUACGCAUAUCUGCUGCGGGGAAAAGUCUACGAAGGUCCCGAAAAAGUUAAGGAGGAAAUGCAGAAACUAAACACUACCGUGCAUUUCUAGAGCGUUUGUGACAAAAAUAUUGAUUGAAAACAAAACACGAUCAGCAUUAAACAAAA